AUGUCCGGAGCGGCGGACUACCAGGAGAUGGCGGCGUCGGUGCCGCCCUCGCUGAAGGCCAUCACGCUGACGUACGUCCGCUACCGCCGGGGCGACCCGCUGGGUCUCUUCCUCGCGUGGGUCUCCCUCGUCCCGGUUUUCAUCAGCCUCGGCGGUUUCGUCUCCCACUUCCUCUUCCGUCGGGAGCUCCAGGGCCUCUGCUUCGCCGCGGGGCUCCUCGUCUCUCAGGUCCUCAAUGAGCUCAUAAAGGACUCCGUCGCGCAGUCCCGCCCGGCGUACUGCGAGUUGCUCGAGGCCUGCGACUCCCACGGUUGGCCGUCCAGCCACUCGCAGUACAUGUUCUUCUUUGCCACCUACCUGUCGCUCCUGUCCCUCCGCCGGUCGCGCGCGCGCCAGGUGAUCGCCGCCGUGCCAUGGCCGCUUGCCUUCCUCACCAUGCUGUCCAGGGUCUACCUAGGCUACCAUACCGUCGCGCAGGUUUUCGCGGGAGCAGUAGCGGGCCUCGUGUUUGGUGCUAUCUGGUACUGGAUUGUCAAUACCAUGCUUGUUAAUUACUUCCCAAUGAUUGAGGAGAGUGCAAUCGGGAGGUGGUUGUACAUCAAGGAUACAUCUCAUAUUCCAGAUGUGCUCAAAUUUGAGUAUGAUAACGCAAGGGCAGCAAGGAAGAAAGUUGCUACUGAUUGA